AUGCCCAAGUCGACCACAAGCCUGCUUCCAUACGAACUUCUCGCUCUCCUUCGCACACCUCUCGCCAAACCGUUCAUCUCAACGCGUGCUUUGCAGGUCCUGUACAUCCGAUCUGCAAAGCUGAUAUCUCGUCGCUCCCAGAAAUUUCUACUUACAGCCAUUCCCGCCGUGCGCCGGCAACUGCGAUGGGCGGUUCUCAUAGCGCUGCUUCGUACAUACUUCAUGUUCAUGAGACGUGUGAUACUGGACCCACGUUCUGGAUUCGAAAGGACAAUCAACAAGCAUGGCGGUUGGAUGUUGCUCAUAGCGUUGCGUGAGAGAAUAAAAGCGAAGCUGAGGUCUCGAGAAGAGAGAAAAGAGGGUGCGCAGGAUUUCAUCACACCUCCAACGAGCCCGGCAACCAGUGCUUCGAGUGGCGCUUCGUUCGCCAGCGUGCCAGACUACUUUCUGAGAUCGCCGACCGCGGAUCCAAUACUACUCGCAGUCCAGCAGGUGAUACCCGACGCAACCGGCUAUAAGGUCGUGAUACCGCAGCCGACAAGCUCCGAUCCCGACGGCCAGGAAGACGCGAGCCACGAACUCGCGAGGCGCAUCUCCGGAAAGACGGUGGAGACGCGAGCGUUCUAUCAAGACGGCGCCCGAACCACACCGACGACGAGCGAAAGCGGCAGGCAGAAGGUGGUCAGCCUGGUGAUCAUGGAGGAUCUGGGCGAGACCAAGACCGUCAAGGGCGCCGUCACGGUGGCCACGCGCUCGACGAACGAGGUCGACACCAAGACCGUGGAGGAGCUCGGCAUCAGUUUCGCGGAGGCGCUGGCUUGCUGA